AUGUUACUCCUGGCUUUUAUACUAGCAAGCCUCGCCUCCUUUGCCUCAACAGCGACGACGACGACUUCUCAGACAUCGACAUCUACUAAAGUUGCUGAUUCCAGCUGCACAAACGGACCUUUUACGAGACAGUGCUGGGGAAAUGGGUUCAGUAUUGCGACUGACUAUGACACGAAAUGGCCAGUCACUGGCAAAACUGUUUCGUACCACCUCGAGAUAACGAACACAACCUUGGCUCCAGAUGGGUACUCUCGUCUUGUGAUGGCCAUCAAUGGCCAGUAUCCAGGACCUACGAUUUCUGCAAAUUGGGGUGAUACACUACAAGUCACUGUCAAAAACAGCUUGAAGAACAAUGGAACGAGCAUGCACUGGCACGGCAUUCGGCAGGCGAACUCCUGCAAUAUGGAUGGCACCAAUGGCAUUACAGAGUGCCCCCUUGCUCCUGGAGAGACAAAGACAUAUACUUUUCUCUGCACACAAUUUGGGACGACCUGGUACCACUCGCAUUUCUCAGCGCAAUAUGGAGAUGGGGUUCUUGGGCCAAUAGUAAUCUACGGACCAGCGACAGCGAAUUACGACAUCGACCUUGGCGCAAUGCCCAUCACAGAUUGGUACCAUCCAACCGCAUUCCAAGAAGCCGAGAUUGCAGCACAAGGAGGUCCACCAGCAGCGGACAAUGGGUUGAUCAAUGGAACGAUGGUGAAUCCGACCGCCGGUGGUGGAGGAGCCUACAACACUGUGACUAUGACCAAGGGAAAGAAAUACCGUCUUAGACUUAUCAACACCUCGUUGGACAAUCACUUCAUGGUCUCCCUCGAUGGACACAAUCUCACCGUGAUUCAGGCAGACUUUGUCCCUAUUGUCCCUUACUCAACGCAAUGGCUAUUCAUUGGAAUCGGUCAACGCUACGAUGUUAUCAUAACAGCGACUCAGGCCAUAUCCAGUUACUGGUUUCGAGCGGAUGUCCAACUGGCCUGCGGUGCCAAUAACAAUAAUUUCAACAUCAAAGCGAUCUUCAAUUACGCUGGGGCACCAGUUGGUGAUCCGACGACGCUUGGAGCAGCCUAUACCCAACGCUGUUCGGAUGAGACUACAAUCGUCCCCUACGUCAAGAAGGAUGUUCCUUCCGGGGAUUUCCUCACCCACGUUCAACAGCUUAAUGUCUCACUCAAUGGCGGUGGUGUACCCGGACAAACUGGAAAUAUCGUAACGUGGACGAUUAAUGGAACACCGCUUGACAUCGACUGGGAACUGCCGACUCUGAAGUAUGUCCAAGAGAGUAAUGACUCUUUUCCGGUGGACUUGAACCUCAUUAAGUUGCCCGAAGCCAAUGCCUACUACUUCUGGAUCAUUCAAUCGACAGGUUUCCUCAGCGUCCCUCACCCAAUCCAUCUCCAUGGCCAUGAUUUCUACCUUUUAGGAACUGGUUUGGGAGCUUGGGAUAACUCGUUCGCCUCAACCUUACAGUACACGAAUCCUCCUCGACGGGAUGUCGCAAUGCUUCCCGCGCCUGCAGCCCCUGCUGGCGGUGGCCCGCCGUCGUCAGGUGGGUGGCUUGUCAUUGCUUUCUUGACGGACAAUCCUGGUGCAUGGUUGAUGCAUUGUCAUAUUGCCUGGCACGUAGGCGAAGGUCUCGCAGUACAGUUUCUGGAGCGCGAGAGCGAGAUUUCGGGACUAAUGUCUUUAAGUACUUUGGAUGCGCCGUGUAAAGCUUGGGAUGCGUAUCAACCGACUGCUUACUAUGUAAAGGACGACUCUGGGUUAUAA